AUGCAGCUUUAUCGAGCUCUGAUUCUGUGUGUGACUCUGUCUGCAGUAUGUGGAUUACGAUGCUACACAUGUACAGCCGCUGAUCCUAAAUCCUGCAUAGACAGCAAAUCUUGUGCCGUCAUCUUCAACCGUUGUUUCUCUCUCAGAGUAGACGGUUAUAACUUGGUUACAAAAGGCUGCCAAACCAGCGCAUUUUGUGGUGGUGCUAUGGCUUGCUGUGAAGGGGACCUGUGUAACAGCACUAUUCCAACCGGUUCCAGUGCUUUGCUGCUGUUGGUAUCUUCAGCCAUCCUCAAAUUUCUUUUCUGAGGCCGUGGAAUGAUGUUGUUUUUCUGUUUUUGUUUUUUUAAAGUCCUGCUUUCUGCUUUUAUUUUGUACAACUGAAGAAUAAAUACAUUUUGUGUACCAUCAUUUCAAACAAAAUCGUCCUUGACAUUUUGAUCUUAGUCAAAGUAAUUCAGGGUCCUAUUCAAAUACUGUAUUGCUUCAGCGUUAAGAUUGCCUAAAGCAAAUAAAAAAGCAACCAGAAAAUACAUUUGCAUAUUUUUUGAUUGAUAUGUUUUAACUGGUAACCAGGUCUCUCUUGGAAAUGAGAUUUUUAAUCUCAAUGAGAUUUUUUUUUUUUUACCUGGAUAAAUA